AUGCCCGCCUCCCCCGCCCCCUCAUCUCCCCUCUUCAGCCUCGACCAUCCAUCUCCCGGGUCACGUACAGGGUCAGACGACGACGAAAUGCUCGACACGGUCGAUCUCAAUGCCGACCCCGCUCCUGAGGACGACCCUUGGCGCACCGUACCCCUUGCCGCGGCUACUCCUUCGGUCGCUGGGGCUUCUUCGAGAGAUAGCGGUGCUUCUUUCAGGACUGACACGACGCAAAGACUGUCGAGAGCUGUCUCGACUCCUGCUACCGAGUUCACGCCAACGACAGAGGAGGAAGGCAAGGACAUUGAUGUGGCCGGAAUCGAGGAGGGGGAGACCCCUAUGGUUUUGGGUGUCGCUGUGAUCGGGCCUACAGUCGAGUUUGCCCACCCUGCUUCACUGCAAGAUGCUCUAGCAAAUGACGAGGACUUGUCAAGACUUCUACCAUUCCUGGCCCUCCCGGAUGGUGCACACUUGAGUGAAGAAGACUAUUCAUUCUUUCACUGCACAUAUUCCCCCUCGGAUUCCCGAGUACACACCAACGUCCCGUCCUCUCAGACGUUGUUUGGGAUUUCAUGUAAUCGACAACUGGCGUCUACCGAGUUGCUCAAGAGACCGAGUGAUGUGACGAGGAGUAUGGUGCAGAAAGCAGUCAUUGUUGUGGCUAGCAAGCCGGUAUUUGGGCCGAUACGAGAUAGACUGGGAGUAGUUACAAGAGCAUACUUUGCUCAACGUGAUUUCACGCAUACCCAGAUAUUGGAGGACUUUUAUCACAGUCUCGAGACAAGUUUGCAAGGAAAGAGUGGAGAGGAAGCCAUAUACAUGGGUACAAGCCUACGAGAAUUAGUACACAAGUUCCGCCAUCGCACCCUCAUCCUCCUUAAACUCCUCAUGCUCCAAAAGCGCAUCAUGCUCUUCGGAUACCCGGUUGACAAGCUGUGCACAUACCAGUACUCGCUGGUAUCGCUGAUACCUGGACUGUUGAUGGACUUGUAUGAGUCGGGUAGACCGGAGCUAGAGAAGGAAAUGAAGAAGGCAAGGCCGACAUCUUUGAGGACUAGUGAUAGGGCCAGUCUGUUGAGAUUUAUGGGGCUUCCUCUGAGAGUGUUUGGCAACGGUGCUUUCUUCCAGCCCUACAUGCCUCUCCAAGAGAUUGACAAGCUGAAAUGCAAGAGUUGGUUGGUGGGGACAACGAACCAGAUCGUGACCCAGCAAAAGGACUGCAAGUAUGAUUUGCUUGUAAACAUCGACAACAAUACUUUCGAGUUUACAGAUCCCAAGCUGGAAAAGACCGUUGGUCUCACGCCCGCGGAUAGAAAGUGGAUGGACGAUGUGGUGCAGACAGUGGAGGAAUCGUGGAACCUGCCGGAGGGAGAAAGACCAUCAUUCAGAGGCAGCGACGACGAUCUCCGCGCCCGCUUUGAAGAAUACAUCUUAUCAGCCCUUUCAUCCAUCAAAUACGCUGAUUUCCUCACGAAAGGCAAAGCUUCCGACAUUUCCAUCAUUGCCGAGACUGCAGGCGCACCUGGGUCGGAAGGCAAUGUGAUCCAAGACUUUUCGGAGCAGUGGAUAAUUGCGUUCAAGGAAACAGAUGUCUAUGAGAAAUGGAAUGGCAUGACAGACCCGGUGCUGUUUGAUAUCCACGAGCCCAAGCAUCCAUGUGAAGGCAAAGCUGGUGUUGUAUCAGAUAUAGGCCUCCGCCUCGCCGAAGGUCUCCACGAUCUUCACCUCGACCAACAACUCGCGCCCACUCGCGAAGUGCUCUCCAGCGCCUUCCAAGCUGGCUCGCAAUCCAUAUUCAAAGCCUUUGACGGCGUCAGGAGUGAAGUUGAUCGGCGGAUGAAGGAGAGGGAGGAGCAGGCUCGGGCGAGAGGAGCAGCGUCGCCAGGAGCGAGUGGUAAUUCAACACCGACUGCAAAGCCUGGCACGCCCACGGGUCAGGAUCUGAAAUCUACCAUCGGAGGCAUUGGGUCGGGUAUAGGCUCGUUCUUUGGGUCAAAAGUGGCUUCUUUCCGCGCGCCGCCAAAGGACGAGAGUCCGAAAGGACUGAGACCGAUGUCUUUGGUCGGUAGUGUGAGCUCGAGUAGUCCCAAGGCCAUGGCCAGGUCUGGUGAAAGUGUGCCUUCGUCAAUCAGCAGGCCUUCGUCGACGAGCAGGUGA